GGAUUUUGAGGCGUUGUAACAAAGUGCUUACCUACAAUGCACGCGCUCUAUAGUCGCUAUGCCCAUCAGGCGUGCCAUUUAAGUAGACGCCGCGCGUCACCGGCGGUGCCGCAAUGUCCUGGCCGGAGGUUUCUGUCUGCAGUAAGAAGGUCUGCGAUACCAGCACAUCGAACAGCAGAGGAAUACUCUCAACUGUUGCGGUCAUGCGAUGAUGACUGGACAAGGACGCUGGAGCUAGUCACAGAAGUCAACAUCCUGCGCAUAAACGUCGAACCUCAAGCACUUGAAUGUGCUGUUGUGUCCUUUGCCCGAGGAGGCCAGUGGCAACGAGCGGAGAACCUGUAUUUGCAGCUGAAGGCGCAGGGCCACGUGCCCGGCAGCGACACACUGACAGCCCUGGUGGCCGGCCUAGCCGGCAGCCAGCAAGGCGACCGCGCAGCUGCCAUACUGGAUGAGGUUUCGGAGCUUCAAGGGGACACGCGGUCACUUGCCCCCGCUUACAACCUGGUAACUCGCGCGCUUGCACGACAGGGCCAGUUGGACGCGUCGUACCAGCUGCUGACGCGGAUGAUGCGGAGUGAGGUGCCGGUGGAGGGAAGCACGUUCACGUGCCUGGCCAGCUGCUGCAUGGGUGCUGAGAGGACGCAGCUGGCAGAGGAGGUGCUGGAGAUGCGCGACUACCUGUAGGGAGCAGGAGAGCUAGCCGCGUGAGGGGGGGGGAGGGGGUAAAUGAUAAAUGCAGCAACGGAGUCC